AUGACUCUAGAGAAAGUGAAAAUAGGUAGAAGAGAACGCUUUGCUGACGAGGAGCAAUCAGCACCGGGCCUGGAGAACGUCGCAGGAGAGGCAGCCGCGUCCAGGUGGAUGGUGGGCGCUGCAGAGGAGGACGAGGAGGAGGAGGAGGGCGUGGCCAAAGGAUUCGCGGACGAGGUCGAUGGGGCGUUGUUGCAGGAUGCGCCGCAGACGCCCCUUGUGAUCGAAGCGAGGCCUGCGAUCCUUCCUCAGGUGUAUGGCACCCUGGCCACCGCCCUCACCCACAUGGGCAUGGGCACAAUCCUCGGGUUUUCGGGCAUCACUCUGCCGCAACUCACCGACGCGACCUCAAGUGACCUCGUACUGAAUACCUUCCAGGUUGCUAUAUUUAGCAGCGUGAUCAACCUCGGGGCCGCCGUCGGGUGCAUCGCGGGGGGCGUCCCCCUGGUGCGGAUCGGCCAGAGGCUCACGCUGCUCAUGAUCCUGCCGGUGGCGCUGUUGGCCUGGCUCACCCUGUUCACGUCGCAGUACAUCUGGGCGAUCGUGGCCGCGCGGGCCGUGCUGGGCAUCGCCAUGGGCAUCAUGGCCAGCUCGUCCGUGAACUACAUCGUGGAGCUUGCGGACAGCAGUCUCCGGGGCAGACUGGUGGCCAUGCUGAACAUCUCGCGGUACGUCGGCUACCUGUUCAUCUACGCCGUGGGCAGCUCGGCUCUGACGUGGCGGGAGGUGGCGCUCGUGUGCGGCUGCGUCACCACCGUCCCGCCCUUCGUCGGCCUGCUCUUCCUGCCCGACUCCCCGCGGUGGCUGGCGACGCGGGACCGCCUCGAGGAAGCCCGCCGCUCUCUCGUGUUCUUCAGAGGCCCUGACUACGACUCCAUCCAGGAGCUGAACAGCAUCCUGGCGCAGCUGGACCAGAGCCUAGGAAGCUGCAAGAGCACGAGGGACCAGCUGCGGCGCAUGCGGCAGCCGGCCAUCCUGCGCAGUUCCAUGAUCAUCGCCUUCUUGCACCUUACCAUGGCCUUCUCCGGCAGCUUCGUGGUCAGCGCCUACCUCGUCACCAUCUUCGACGCGGCGCACGUCAACCUCAGCUCCUACUACAGCGCCGUCGUCAUCGGUCUGGAUCAUUUGGUCUACGGUCUUAUAUGUUUGCUAAUGCCCCUGCUCAUCACCUCGUGCUCCGUGUGUGGGGCCUGCCUCUUCAUGCUCGGAGGCUUCUUCUACGACCAGGCCUUCAAGAUCGAGUUCAGCGAGAUGUGGGUCCCCCUCGCCUGCCUCUCCAUCUACAUUUUCUUCUCGUCCUUGGGCUUCCCCGUCGUCGAACUCGUCCUCGGCGAGUUCCUCCCGACGACCGUCCGCGCCACGGCCGUGUCCAUCCUCUACACGAUCCUCUUCGUGGGCGUGUUCGCUGCCGUGCAAACGUACCCCUACGUAACGGACGCCGUGGGCAAGCACGGGGCCUUCUGGGUGUACGGCGUCUGCAACUUCUUGAUGGCGAUCGUCAGUGCCCUCACGCUGACGGAGACACGCGGCCAGACCCUCGAACAGAUCUCGCAGCAGCAGCAGGCGCGGAGGUAA